GGCUGAGUCUGAGUGGAAGCCUUCUUCUUCUUCUUCCUCUUCUUGGCCUGUCUGUCUCUCUCUUCCUAGCUCUGAAGAGAGGCCUGUUCUUCUCCAUUGUACAGCGAGAGAGCACUUCUUCAGGAGAUAUUUUGGGAUGGAUACAAGUGGAGAAGCUCAGCUUCAGCAGCAGCAGGACUUGGAGAAGAAGGGCCCUCGGGUUCUGGCUGCGGCAGUCCCCAAGAGAAGGACCCCCAUCUCAGACAAUGACCAGGGGAUUCCAGCAGGCAGUUCAACCUCCCUUGAACCAUGCAGUGCCUCUGCUAUAGGUGGCCGGUGUUCAAGCUCCGGUUCAAGAGAUGGUCUUUGUUUUCCAUUUGCUCCAAAUCUUAAUUCUGUGACAAAGGAAGCGGCUUGCACUAGCAUGAAAGAGGAAGAACACCUUCCAGUAGCCCCUCCGACGCCAGCCAAGGGUAAAGAAAUACAAGGUGCUAUACAUAGUGAACUGGUUGAUUUGGUUGAUGUAGAGUUAAACAAUAUGGAAAACAACCUGGAGACCGACAUACGGCAAAGCUCAGCAAAGGAGAAUGUGAACAAUGGUUCCUUACGAUUUUUGGCACUUGUAACCCCAGAUAUUGUGAAGAGAGUGCAAGAUCGUAUUCCUCCAGAGGUGAUUAAUCUAGUUUGCGAAGAGUUAACUGAUGGGGAAAAAAAUCGGGAGCAAGAUCAAUGCUCUAACCGUAAUCCCUCAGUGCCAACAACUGCAAACGAGAGGUGCUCUUCUCCACCUCAGGGAGUUGAACAGCAUGUAAAAAAAUUGUUGGCUCCUCAACAAUUGGAAUCUGGAAAGGAUGAACAAAGGAAUUACCCAGGAAUAAGCUUGAACAGCACACCAAGGCAAAAGACAAGACGGAAAAGGUACAUGCCGAAGGUUAUUCAAGAAGGCAAGCCAACUAAAACCCUGCAGCCGUUAACACCAAAGCCUGUUACGCCCAUGCCAGUCAGGAAAAAUGAAAAUCAUAGUAAGACAUACAUCCGGGAGAAGAAAAGCCUAAAUUCUUCGGACACAUCCCCAAAUACUACAAGAGAAACUGUUGGCAGAUCAAAUGCAGAAGGGACAAGUGCUGAUCCACAUGUUAUAAAUGGGACCAAACCAGUCAGGCGACGGUUAAAGUUUGAAUCUGAAGGUGGACCAGUAAAUAAACACCUAGAAUCAACAAGCAACAAUGUACAAUUUCGGGGUAGAGGGAGACCUAGACAUACUUCUACUAGCUCCAGAAGUAAAUCAAAGUUGCAGCUCAGCCACGAAAUAGAAGUGGUCAUGGAAAAUUCAUCAGCUGGAUUAGUAUUUGAUCUCGCUCGUUCACUAAACCAAAUGCUGGAAGAGUAUAUAAUGUUGCCAGAAAUUCCAACCCCACCUGCUCAGUCUUUUAAAAGGGAAUCAUUGAAAGAAACUUCGAAGAAUUUUGCUGGUAAUAGGAAUAGUAUGAAAAACCCCAUUUGUGGUCAACAGCCAAAACUGCAAACCUGUCAGAAGCAGGUAAAUCCAAAUGAAAAGGCAGAUUUGAUCUUAGUAGAAGAUGACAAUGACAAGACAGGAAUGAAACGGGACUACAGUCAUAUCGAUAGUGCUCAAACUGGUUGGGGACUUUCAAAAGAUGCCGCCUUCAUGCAGGGAAGUAAAGAGAUAAAUCAGGCUAGCAGAUUUGAUCAAACAAGCAGCCAUGGUUCGUACUCUCAAGAGGGGCAAAAAAGGACGAGGACAGGGAAGCAAGACUUAGAAUAUCAUCAAUCUAUGCAAUGUUAUUCCAAAGAGUUUGCAUCUGCAGAUGCACAAAAGUUACUGAUAUCAGAUAAGUUGCAAUCUCCAGAGUGCACAUUGACAUUUCGCCAUACGAGAAGACCGACAAAGAAGAGAUCAAAGAUACCAGUCCGAGCCAGGAAGUUGACUUCCUUUGCUUCCAUCAUAGGCUGCAAUCACCUAUUGCCAACUCCUGAAAGACCACCUGAAGCAUGCAGUGAAACCUUUUUUGCAGACAAAUGUAUGAAGAUGAAAAGAAAAAGGCGUACAAGAAAUGCACAUGCUCUUCUCGUCAAGAUCAUUCCUUUAAAUGUGGAUCAUGAACAUAAGCUUGGGCCAUGCAUUUAUGGUCCUCUGGAGCAAAAAUCUGUUGAAUCAACUGCAUUAGGAGGAGAUUUUCAAGAAAAGAACUUGCAUCAUGUUCAAAGCAUUCCCAUACAAGGCUACCCGAUUAGCAACAGUGUUCGAGAACUGCACUUCAUCAACCCAAUGUCUCGAGCAAUUAUUCCAUAUGUAGAUAAUAUGAAUGAUGUUAUUUGGAAGAUACAAAAACUGGACUUAGAGGGAGGGCAGGUGCACAGUGCAGCUGAACCACAAAAUGCUCUUGUUCUUUUUAGUGGCAAUAUGAUGGUUCCAUAUGAGGGGCCUUUUGAUAUAAGCAAGAAACAGCGCCCACGGGCUAAGGUUGAAUUGGAUGAAGAGACAAAUAGGGUAUGGAAGAUUUUGAUGGGGAAGGCAUGCAGUGAUGAAGCUGAUGGAUUGGAUGUGGAUAAAGAAAAAUGGUGGGAAGAAGAAAGGCGAGUAUUUCAUGGUCGUGCAGAUUCAUUCAUUGCACGCAUGCGUCUGGUCCAAGGGGAUAGACACUUCUCUCCAUGGAGAGGAUCAGUUGUUGAUUCUGUGGUAGGCGUAUUUCUUACUCAGAAUGUUUCAGACCAUCUUUCUAGCUCUGCCUUCAUGGCCCUUGCUGCAAGAUUUCCUCUUCGGUCAAGGAGUAACAGUGCAGAUCUCAAUGCAGAAAACAUAAGCGAAUCAACAGAAAAGCGAGAUGGAAGCAGCGUUACCUCUGAUGCUACCAAUUGGCAAGAAAAAGGGUUCGGCCCAGAUUUGUGUCACCGGGGUCCUCUGGAGAUCCAUGAUGCUGAUCAUGUGAAGGGAAAUGAAAUGGCUAGCAGUAAUGAAUCAAUAGGGAGAAAUAGCAGACGUAACAAGGUGGAUGAUACAGAAGGCAUAGGUUUGCACAUCCAUGGAAGUGAGACAGAGAAAGGUUUUGAAACACCACACUACAGAAUAGACCCCUUGGUUUCAGUAACAGGAAGCACAGAAUCAGAAGAUACACAGUCCCUUGAGGAUGUAGUUUCCUCUCAAAACUCUGUUGCUUCAUCUGCAAACUCUUUGGACUACCUAAUUCAGACAAUGGAUCAAGUAGGAUCAAACUCAGGGUCAAACUCUGAAGCCAACCUAAUAACUGGAAGUAUGUCCAGUGGCUUGGACAGUUCUGUUUCAUUUGAGGAGAAUGUGCACAUUGCAGGAAAUAACCAAAACCAGGAAAUGGACAACCAUGGCAAUGACAGAGUUCUAUUAGAGGAAAAUUGUGGUGGAUUUGAUAAAGAGGCAUGUCAAGAGGGUCGAAAUAGUACAAAGAUUACUUGUGGAUUAAAUAAUCUUGAAGGUGCUUGUAGAUCAAUAAGAUAUGCACCUAAUUCCCAUCUCAAAUGUUCAGAACAUAAGAUAAGAGGUGUGUCAUCUGUUCCUCCUGCACCUUCUCAUUCUGAUAAUAACUUGAACUACAUGUUGGUGGGCACGGAAAAUAUCAAUGUAGUAAGAGAAGAAAGCAUUUCAAACGUGCCAUUUACUGCCUAUGGGACCAUGAAGACUAAUAAAAUAAAAAUGGUAGACAGACACUCUAACCUUUCAUCAGAAAAUGCAACUAAUUCCGCAGGUGAGCAGUCAGCAUUUCUUGCUAAAAUAACAGAAGCACUCGAUUCAUGUGCAUGCAUAAACAGAAAUUCUUUGCAAUCACGAACUUGCUUAAGGGUGGAUCAUAACAGAACUAACUUCCAACAGGAAGAAAGGAAGGCCAAUUUCCCAAUGGAAAACACUCAACAUGCAGUUGACAAUCAGGCUGAAAUACCAUACAUCCAGGAGCAUCAAACAUAUUUGAACUCAUGUAAUAAUGAAAAGGAAACUUUAGAGGUUGCCAAGACACUGGACUUUAAUUUAAAAGAUGAAGUUUGCAGUUCCCAAAAUGUUUCAAAAGAAAGAGCCAAAAGCAAAUCAAGAGCAAAGAAGGCAAAGGUUGAGACUGAAAAGGUGGAGACUUUUGACUGGGAUAGCUUGCGAAGACAGGCAUAUUGCAAUGGUUAUCAGAAAGAAAGAAGCAAUGAGAGAAUGGACUCACUGGACUGGGAGGCAGUUAGGCGUGCAGAUGUAAAUAAAAUUUCUGAAGCCAUUCGUGAGCGAGGAAUGAACAAUGUUCUGGCUGGGCGAAUUAAGGAUUUCCUUAAUCGUUUGGUUAAAGAUCAUGGAAGCAUUGACCUUGAAUGGCUAAGGGACAUUCCACCAGACAAAGCAAAGGAUUAUCUCCUAAGCAUACAAGGAUUAGGACUCAAAAGCGUUGAGUGUGUUCGCCUUUUGACACUUCACCAUCUAGCUUUCCCAGUUGACACAAAUGUGGGUCGCAUAUGUGUAAGGCUAGGAUGGGUACCACUUCAACCCCUUCCUGAGUCCCUUCAGUUGCAUCUCCUAGAACUGUAUCCUAUCAUGGCGACCAUUCAGAAGUUCCUUUGGCCGCGGCUGUGUAAACUUGAUCAAGAAACACUGUAUGAGCUACACUAUCAAAUGAUUACAUUUGGAAAGGUAUUCUGUACAAAAAGCAAGCCAAAUUGUAACGCAUGCCCUAUGAGAGGAGAAUGCAAGCACUUUGCAAGUGCUUUUGCAAGUGCAAGAUUUACACUCCCAGGACCAGAGGAAAAAGGCAUAGUGAGUUCAACAACUCCCCCUGCCUCUGGAAAUGACUAUAUUCACAUUUCUAAUCCAGCCCUCCUACCUCAACCUGAGGAAAGCAAUCUCUCACAAGGAGUUAAUGCUAACAAUUGUGAGCCUAUCAUUGAAGAGCCGGAAAGCCCAGAACCAGCACGUAUGGAAAAUUUUGAAAGGGAUAUUGAAGAAGCAUUUUAUGAAGAUCCUGAUGAAAUUCCUACAAUAAAGCUCAACUUGGAUGAGUUCACACAGAAUUUACAGAAUUAUAUACAAGAAAAUGGUAUAGCGCUCGAAGAAGAUGAUAUGGCUAAGGCUAUAGUGGCUAUCACUAAAGAAGCUGCUUCAAUCCCUAUGCCUAAGCUAAAGAAUGUGAGCUGGCUCCGAACAGAGCAUCAAGUAUAUGACAUUCCGGAUUCACACCCUCUUUUGGAGGGGCUGGAUCGAAGACAUCCUGAUGAUCCGUGUCCCUACCUCCUCACUAUAUGGACUCCAGGUGAAACUGCUGGAUCAACUGAGCCACCAGAAACAUGUUGCAACUCUCAAGACACCGGUGAACUGUGUGACAAUAAGACAUGCUUUGCUUGCAGUUGUAGAAGAGAAGAACAGGCCCAAGUAGUCAGAGGCACAAUUUUGAUACCAUGUCGAACGGCAAUAAGAGGAAGCUUUCCACUCAACGGCACUUAUUUUCAAGUUAAUGAGGUAUUUGCAGAUCACCAGAGUAGUUAUUCCCCUAUUCAUGUUCCUAGGAAAUGGAUAUGGAACCUGCCUAGGCGGACUGUUUACUUUGGAACAUCUGUACCGUCAAUAUUUAAAGGGCUAACAACAGAAGAGGUACAACAGUGCUUCUGGAGAGGAUAUAUUUGUGUGAGAGGGUUUGAACGGGAAACAAGGGCUCCAAAGCCUCUUUGUCCAAGACUUCACUUUCCCGCAAGCAAAGCACCAAAGAACAAGAAGACACCAGUCAAGGAAGUGAAGUAGGUUAAGCAAAAGAUGGCAGGUGGCUUGGCCUGUCAAAGAAUGGAUCAUUGAUGGACCUGCAUAUUCCAUAUAUGUAUUUCACAUCUCUAUAAGAGAAGCCAACCCGCUGGCUUCACAUGGCAGCUCAUUCAGAAAACUAGUGUAACCUUUAACAUGCUUUUUAUUUCAUUGCAUCCUAGAAAAGGAGUCAUUCUUCUCAGAAACCAAAGGCAUGACGUACACAAGGGGGAGAGGGUCGUUAUUUCAAAAACUCAGAAGCUCCAACCAAUUGCUUCUGUAUAAUAUGUAGGAUCUGAGAGGAAUUGGACCAUUAGGGGGUUUCCACCAGACAGACUUCUUGACUGAGGAAUGUAGUUCAAUUCUAAGUGUAUUUGAUGUUGUCUGACAAAAAAUCUAUUUCAUUUCUCGAAAAUUUUUAGCGUUGUGGAUGUUGAAAA